AUGCCGAUGGUCAGAGUUGCCACAAAUCUACCAAACGAGCAAGUUCCAACUGAUUUUGAGAUUCGUCUCACUGAUCUCUUGGCUCGUUCGAUGGGAAAACCAAGAGAACGAAUCGCUGUCGAGGUUGCCGCUGGUGCUCGUCUUGUUCAUGGAGCAACUCAUGAUCCAGCUACUGUCAUUUCGAUAAAGUCAAUCGGAGCAGUCUCCGCUGACGACAACAUUCGCCAUACCGCUGCGAUCACCGAUUUCUGUGGCAAAGAACUCGGUCUUCCAAAAGAUAAGGUUGUUAUCACAUUCCAUGAUUUGGCGCCGGUUACUGUAGGGUUCAACGGUACAACUGUCGCCGAAGCAAACAAAUUAUAA